AGCGUCGCUCAGCGGGAGCUGAGGAGAGGGGCGGCGGCAGGAGGCGGGGUGAGGAGAGGCGGGUCGGAAGGUUGUGCGUACGCGCGCACGCGCUGCGUCCGUCCGGCCUGGCUCGGCAUUGCGCGCCGAGUGAGGGAGUGCGUGCGUACGUGCGUAUGCGUGCGGUCCCGGUUCCCGCCAUCAGCCGCCGGCCCUGACGGGGGGCACAGCGCGCCAGCUUCUCUGCACCCGGCGUCCCCCUUUCCCCCUCCCCCCCCCGCGUCCCCGCCCGGCUCCUCGAGGGCUCCCGGAGCUGCCGCUGCAGCUUGAGUUGAUGUCUUCGGGAGAACUGGAAUAGCUGCAGAAUAUGGGUAGUUCCCCAAGAAGAGUUCUUUACCUAUGGCACAAGCAUCAAAAUAAAGGUCAUUUCACUACUCUGUGUCUCAGUUGGAAAGUGAGGGGUUCAGACUAGGCAGUCUCUAUUGCCAGUGCCAACUCACUAAAUCCGGUGAUGCUAUUCACAGGAGGGUCAUAAAGAGCCAUGUAGUGCUUCAGAAAGAAUGCAGGGGGCAGAAAGAACCUUUCAGGUGAAGUUGUGAUUUUCUUUUUUAAUUUGAGUAGAAGCAAUUUAUUUUUUAAAAGUAUGACUCCUUUGAAGAUACAUGGUCCUAUCCGAGUACGGAGCAUUCAGACGGGGAUUACAAAAUGGAAAGAAGGGUCCUUUGAAAUUGUGGAGAAAGAAAAUAAAGUCAGCCUAGUGGUUCACUAUAAUGCUGGAGGAAUUCCAAGGACAUUUCAGCUAAGUCACAAUAUAAAGAAUGUGGUUCUUCGACCUAAUGGAGCAAAACAAAGUCGCCUGAUUCUUACCCUGCAGGAUAACAGCUAUUUGUCCAUUGACAAAGUACCAUGUAAGGAUGCAGAUGAAAUGAGACUGUUUCUGGAUGCAGUCCAUCAAAACAGACUUCAUACAGCCAUGAAACCUUCCCAGGGGUCUGGUAGCUUUGGCGGAGUUCUCGGGAGCAGGACUACACAGAAGGAAGUCAACAGGCAGUUCUCUUACAUAGAAAAUCAGACUUCUUCAAAAAAAGCAAGUUUGGAGUCCAAAGAUGAUACUACAUUUCGAAAAGUUCUUGGUAAUCCAGGCAGAGUACCCACGAAGACCCCAACAGGAAAUGUAAUGACUGGGAGCCGCAUAAAUACCCCUCUGACUUCUACUCCAUCAACACCUUUAAGAACAGGAUUAUUAGAAAAUCGGAAUGAAAAGAGAAAAAGAUUGCUAUCGACAGGGUCAGAGAUGAAUGAAGAUUACCCUAAGGAAAAUGAUUCAUCAUCGAACAAUAAAGCUAUGACAGAUCCUUCAAGGAAGUAUUUAAACAGCAGUAGAGAGAAACAGCUAAGCUUGAAACAGGCAGAGGAGAAUAGAACAUCAGGACUUUUGCCCCUACAAUCAUCGUCCUUUUAUGGUAGUAGAGCAGUAUCAAAAGAUUACUCUACUGGAAAUUCAAACCUAGACAGGACAAGUGUUUCAAGCCAGACUCCCUCUGCCAAAAGGAGUUUGGGGUUUCUUUCUCAGCCAGCCCCUCUCUCUGUAAAAAAACUAAGGUCUAACCAGGAUUAUACUGGAUGGAAUAAACCAAGAGUGCCCCUUUCUACUCAUUCACAGCAACAGUUACAAGGCUUUUCAAAUUUGGGAAAUACAUGCUAUAUGAAUGCCAUUUUACAGUCCCUAUUUUCACUUCAGUCAUUUGCUAAUGAUUUGCUUAAGCAAGGUAUCCCAUGGAAAAAAAUACCACUUAAUGCACUUAUCAGACGCUUUGCCCACCUUCUUGCUAAAAAAGAUGUCUGUAAUUCAGAAACAAAGAAAGAUUUGCUCAAGAAGGUAAAAAAUGCCAUUUCAGCUACUGCAGAGAGAUUCUCUGGCUAUAUGCAAAAUGAUGCACAUGAAUUUUUAAGUCAGUGUUUGGAUCAACUAAAGGAGGACAUGGAAAAGUUAAAUAAAACUUGGAAGACUGAGCCUGUAUCUGGGGAAGAGAAUUCUCCAGGACGGACUUCAGAUGAUAUUGCAGCUACUAGGAUAUACACAUGUCCUGUUAUUACUAAUUUGGAGUUUGAGGUCCAGCAUUCUAUAAUAUGUAAAGUAUGUGGUGAAACUGUUCCUAAACGUGAACAGUUUAAUGACCUUUCCAUUGACCUGCCCCGAAGAAAGAAACCGCUACCUCCUCGGUCAAUCCAAGAUUCUCUCGAUCUUUUCUUUAGGGCAGAAGAACUUGAAUAUUCCUGUGAGAAAUGUGGUGGGAAGUCUGCUAUUGUCACACAUAAGUUCAACAGACUCCCCAGGGUCCUUAUUCUUCAUCUGAAACGAUACAGCUUCAAUGUGGCCCUCUCACUCAACAACAAGGUUGGACAGCAAGUGGUUAUUCCAAGAUAUUUAACUUUAUCAUCCCAUUGCACUGAAAGUACAAAACCUCCCCUUACUCUGGGUUGGAGUGCACAUACAGCAAUUACUCGGCCAUUGAAAGCAUCCCAAAUGGUGAAUUCCUGCACCAUCAGCACUUCUACGCCUUCAAGGAAAUAUGCAUUCAAAUCUAAGAGCUCCAUAGGAUUCUCCAUUGAUUCCGACAGUGAGGAUGAACUGCUAAAACGUUCUGUGGUCCUCAGCCAGAGACUUUUUGAAAUGCCAGGCAGGGAGCAACAGGAAGAACUGGAAAGGGUUUCAAAAAAAUGCAAAAUGGAAUCAGAUAAAUCAGAAUUGGGAAACUCAGGAUUUGAUGGAAUGAGUGAAGAUGAACUUCUGGCAGCUGUCUUGGAGAUAAGUAAGAGAGAAGCCUCUCUGUCUUUGACUAAUGAAGAUGAUGAUAAGCCUACCAGCAGUCCAGAUACGGGGUUUGCAGAGGAUGAUAUACAAGAUACGCCUGAAAAUCUGGAAUCUCUGGAGGCAGAAAAAUCAAAAGCCCCAGUAGAAGCUGGUCCUGCCAGUUUCACUGAGAUUGCGAAAGAUUUUGAUGAGAAUAAAGAAAACAAAACUCCAGAAGGGUCUCAGGGGGAAGUCGACUGGCUCCAACAGUAUGAUAUGGAGCGAGAGCGGGAAGAAGAAGAACUCCAGCAGGCCCUUGCUCAGAGCCUCCAGGAGCAAGAGGCCCGAGAACAGAAAGAAGAUGAUGACCUCAAAAGAGCCACAGAGUUAAGUCUUCAAGAAUUUAACAGUUCCUUUCUGGAUGGAAUGGGCUCUGAUGACGACUCUGGGAAUGAAGAUGUUUUUGAUAUGGAGUACACAGAAGCUGAAGCAGAGGAAUUGAAGAGAAAUGCUGAGACAGGAAAUCUUCCCCAUUCUUAUCGACUGAUCAGUGUUGUCAGCCAUAUCGGAAGCACAUCAUCUUCAGGUCAUUACAUUAGUGAUGUGUACGACAUUAAGAAGCAGGCCUGGUUCACAUACAAUGACUUGGAGGUAUCUAAAAUCCAAGAGUCCUCUGUUCAGAGUGACAGAGAUCGGAGUGGUUAUAUCUUCUUUUAUAUGCACAAAGAUAUCUUUGAUGAGCUGCUGGAAACAGAAAAGGCCUCCCAGCUGCUUAGCGUGGAGGCUGGUCGGACCACCCGGCCGGCACUGUGAGGAGCCCACUCCUGGGCAGGCAGGCGUCUGUGCGUGCACAUAGCUGUCUCUCUCAUUCUCAUGUUCUUUCCACCCGAGAAUUCUGAACUUAGAACCGACGCAGGAGUGACAAACAGCUCAGGGCCAAACCAAAACCUAGAACGCUUCAAGCCAGAGAAGUUCUCCAUGCAUGGACAUCCUUGAACCUUACACCUGUAGCUGAUCAGCCUUCUCUCCAAGAACAGAGUGGAGCUUUCUGUAGUUCCAGACACACACUCACACACACACACACACACACACACACACACACACACACUCUCACACACCUAUACACACUCACACUCUAACAUGUACGCUUGUUUGUACAUGUGUGUUUGUAUAUAUUGGACAGAAUAGAGCCUUAAAGAGUUGGAAUGAGCCACAAGACUUUGUUUGCUCGCGAUUCGUAGCACAGUUGGUGUGGAGAAGAAAUGGAAAAAAGUGACAGGGGGAUUUUCAAGUUCAUUCAACUGGGAAACGGGUGAAGAAACCACCUGUAUCACUUGCCAUUUGCGUAUUUUCAUGUCCUUCAAGAGCAGUUUGAGCAAUAGUUUAUAACUUUGAGUGUACAUUUCAUUAGUAAAGUUCACUGGAACCCCAACUCUCCACAAACACUAGUGAUAGUUCUUCCAGCUAAGGGGGAUGUUUCUGUCAUUUGAGAUGAAGCAUGUUUUGGUUAUUUAAUUAUCAUUUCAUGGGUUUGUAACUCCUCUACAGUUUACAUGCAGUUCUAGGAAAUGAAAUGUUGGUGCUGAGGAAUGUGUUGUAACAUUUUAAUCAUCCUUCACAGUUUUUGCUCAUUGUAUCCUUUGUGUGUUUAAAAAAAAAGUUUUAAUUCACACGUGUAUUCCUUUAUUCAGUCAGCAUCUGUUCUUGUUACUGACUUCUUUUCAUUUAUUCCAGUAUUGUGCCCACUUGAGAAUAGACAGCAGCUGUUGCAGGCUGCUUCUGGGGUUAGCCAAAGCGGUAUAUAAAAGUUGGGCAAAAAUGUUAUCCCAAAUGGGACCCAUUGACAGAUAUUCUUUGGAAGAUUCCCAGAUAUCAAAAGAUGAUUCUUUACCCUGGACCACUCACCCUACCCCAAAUGUAAAACUGAGUGUGCAUUGGGAGCUGUAGGUCAGGGCUUAAACAUUUAAAACCAUGUCCUCUCUGGAUGCAUUCCGAAGAAGAAUGAAUUAAUCUGAAGUGAGGAUAAUUUGGGUGAAUCCCAAGAACUGUAAAGAAAUUUAGUGAAUUGACUUUAUUUGUUAUGUGUUUGAAGGUGAGGAUAAAUAUGGUUGAAAAACUAACACACUUCAGUAAUUGCUCAAAUGACAUAAAACAGAUUGGUUAAGCAGCUUGGGAAACCAUAUGAAGGAUGAAUUUAUUGUAGGUAAAAUUCUAUAAAAACUAAUUUUGAGAGCUUAGCUUCAUUAUUAGGUUCCCAUGAAGUAUCUCAUUCCUAUAUUACAAAGAAACAUGUGUUAGGAACUAUGGUCUCUGAAUUUGGGCCAGAACUACAGUUUUAUUAUCUUAUCAAAUAUGGAGAGUUCUUUUUUUUUUAAAACUACUUUCUCAUAUUGGUGUCAGGGCUAGUUAUCAUAAGUCUCUCGAGAGGGAGAGCAGGCAGGAGAGAACCAUGAAUUUUUUUUUAAACCACUGUUCACAAACAUAAACCAAAUUAUUGGUGUUGGGAGGCUGGCUGUCUUUUCCUUUGAAGAGCCUCCAGCAUUACGGGCACAACUUUGUUCUAUAAUCUGUUCUGUAAGUGUAGCCUCUUACAUGGGUUGUUUUGAAUUGUGACUUAACCACAAACAGGAAAUGCUUUUGACCCCUUCCCUAUACCAACCAUACGCACUGCUGUAUCAUAAGUUAUCAAUUUUGUAUUGUUGGCAAGAGAUCUAAGGGAAAAGCUUAUUUUAAUAUAGGUUUUGUUUUGCAACAUUUCCAAAAAGAAAAUCUUUUUUAAAAAAAUAAAAGUAAAAAAAAGUCAUAGAAUAAAUGAGUUAACUGAUUGUAGCUUUCCUCCAUUCUCCUUUCCCAUCCCCAGUCUCCUUAAUUGAGGGCAGCAUUAAAAGUAAAGGUGAAUGACUUCAAAGACAAUUCAGAGGGAGCAAUUACAUUUGGGGUCGGUCGGGAAGGUGAGAACAGAAGGAAGCUCUGUAGAUGGACUCCUGAAAAGUUAGCCCAAAUUGAGUUAAUGUAAUUGGAAGCAUGAUUUAAUGGGGUUUUCUUCCUCAGUCUUACUCUUAGUAUGUUGGGGCUUCAUCUUUCAUAUUAAGAAUGGGUCACCAGGUCAGAAGGGCUUGUUUUACUGCUGUUGGAGCUUCAGUUCUCACAGACAUGUCCAUUUAAGUGGCUUCAUCAAUUCUUUCCGUGUUUGACCUUCCUACCACAGAGUCCCUUCUCAUUUUAGGUCAGUAUGGCAUUCCUAGAAUUUCAUCUUGAUUGUGUUGAUAGAGAUAGUAGCAGGGGAGGGGUUAUUCCUGGUUGAAAUGGCUUUAUAGAUUUGAAAAAUUAUAUAUAUAGGUGUGUGUGUGUGUGUGUAUAUAUAUAUAUAUAUAUAUAUAUAUAUAUAUAUAUAUAUAUAUAUAUAUAAAAUAUAUAUUUUAUUAUUUGCACAGCACAGCCAGUUCAGAAUCAUAGUGUGAGCAUGUGAUGCGUGGGGGGAGAAGGGGUCCUGUUAUUCUGUAGAAAAACAGAUUUCUACUGCAAAUCUGAAGCAUUUUGCGGCCAUCAGUUAUAUAUAGCGUUGCAGCUUAGCAGCACUUAGUUCUGAUAUGUUUGGAAUUUUUUUUUAAAGGAAAACCAAACCAAAUAAAAUCUGUAAUGGUUUGUAUCACCUAGUAUUUUGAGGUAUAGAUCCAAACAUCAUCAUUGUCACAGCAGCUGUGAAUAGAAUUUCAGCCUGCUAGAAGGUAGACUUUGUUUUCUGUGUGUAUGUGGAGGGGUGUGUGUGUGUGUGUGUGUGUGUGUGUCCGUGUCUCCACAGGGCAGUAUAACUAACAAAUCCACACAUUUUUCCUUCUAUUUUACUUAAAUUUUGAAACUCAUUUUUUACUAAAAAAGUUCUGCCUUAAUUACAGGUCCAGUCGAUUGACCACUAAUAAAAACUAUUCAGAUGUCAUAAAUAUCUCAUAAAAUAUAUACAUUUUGGUAUAUUAGUCCAGAAAGCAAACCCUAGCCAUGUUCAUUUACCAAUACCUUUGAUGAAAAGUUUCUGUAAAAAAAAAAAAAAGACAAGCUUUAAGAAUUAAAGCAUGGCAGAGGGAUAAUUGGCAAAUUUCAGUUGGGCAAAUUUACUUACUGUUGUGUGUCUUCCCACCACCCCCCUCCUACUGGUAGCAUUAUAUAGCUAUUGACAUAUAGCUAUAUACACAUAUAGCUAUACAUAGAUGUAUAAUGUGGGCUGUCUAGAAAUGCAUGUUUGUGAAAGAAAAAUCAGCAAAUUUUCAAAUACAUUCAGUUGCUGGGUGUGCCAUGCAUGUUUGGGUUGGGAGGGGGGUUUUGUUGUUGUUGUUUUUUUAAAGGUAGAAAAAAUAUAUCGGGUAAACUUUACUCACCUCACCCAUAAGAGAUUUAGUCCAAAUAGGCUAUGUUUAAAUAAAUGAAGCUAUUAGCCUUCUUUGUCUUUUCCUCACCUGUGUCCCCUUGAAAUACCUGUCCUGAAGAGCAUUAAUUUACAUCACUUUUACUUUUUUUCUGUUUCAUUUAAAUAAUAACCUUCAUGUGGACAUGUUUACCAGUAAAACUAAAAUUAUUUCAAGGUGUGUGUAUAAUGUAUAUAUGUAUAUGUGUGUGUGUGUGUGUGUGUUAUAUAGGUUUUUUUAAAUGCCACCGUUAAAUACAUGAAACAAACAAAAUUACUUCAGGCCUUGGGAAAUCUGUAACUAAGAGAAACAAUUUAUUUUGUCUUACGUGACCACUAAUUUCCAUAAAUUAUCCUUGAGUAACUCACCUCCCCAUGUUCAUAUAUGUAUUUUUUCCCACAACUGGAUAAGUGUUUUUCAUGUAUUCUGUGUGUCUGAAAGUGUUUUUAAAAUGUCAGAGUUGUGCCACAGCUAAUACGUGAAGCCGUUAACCUUUUGCCAUUGGACUCAUACCAAGGUGCAGGAGAUCAAAGUGCAGAAAUAUCUUCUUUGCCUGGUACAAUAAGAACGGUUAGGAUGGGUAGGGAGAAGUCAGAACUAAGUUUGCAGGAUGCCCAAAAGAGUAAAAUAGAUAAGAUUGUUCUGGGUUAAUAAGUUGACAGUGUUUCUGUCCAAAGAGUGAGAAUGCAAAUUGACAGUUACUAACAUCUGCCUUGAUCUUGUUCCUCUUUACUCAAUUUUUCCUUCUCUCCUUUUUUCUACUCCCUUCCCUAUUUCCCUGCCUGACCAGUUUCACUGCCUCUUGACAAUGUUAAUUUAUUGUAUAAAAAAAAAAAUAGGGUUUCUCUGACAUGCCUGGUUUAUCUGCCACCAGGUUUACUAGCCGCUUUGGCCACGUUACUAGUGGGUUAGUUUUUCGCGUUCUGAGUGAUUUUUUGAUUCUGAUUCUUUACACUGUUUAUAUGGAACGGCACUUUAUCUGUGUUUUAGCAGAACUGUUCCUUUGUAUCUCUGAGAGUUUUUCCUUGUUUUUUCCCCUUUUUAAAUGAUAUAUAGAUUUUUUUUUGUGAAAUUAAAACCUCUUUAUUAACCCCUCUA